CGCCUGCAGGGGGCAGUUCAGCGGGGCCUCUGUCCAUGGUGCUGAAGAUUCGGCUCUGUCCGGGGUGCUGAAAAAGCUCAGGGGUCCAGGACCAUGUCUGCGACGCUGUCACACUGAUUCAGUCCCUCCUGUCGAGCUCUGGUGGUCUCCAGUAGUCAGAGGACCGCGUGAGUCUGAGCGUGAGCCUGCCUGCCUGGAGAUGUCGAGGCGGAGGGGGAGGGGAGGACAGUAGUCUAAGCGUAAGAAUAAACCCAGAGGUGGAGAAAGAGAGAGAAAAUCUACCGGAGAACGAGCCUCAGUGACAAAAUGAGUCAGGACACAGAGACACGAACAAGAAGCCGCUCUAAAGCCAUCCGAGUGUCAGCAGAGCAGGUUGGUCCAGAGAUGAAGCUGGAACUAAGCAGCAGCUGUCCCACCCCUGGAUGUGACGGAAAAGGACACGUUAGUGGAAGAUACUCCCGACAUAGAAGCGUGCUGGGCUGCCCACUUGUGAAGAAGAGGAAGCUAGAGGAGGCCGAGGCUGAAGAGAACCAGUCAGCAUCCAAACGGCGGAGCCAGCCGGUCAAACAGGCAGAAGAAGACAGCGACACAGCGGAGGAGGAGGAGCAGAAAGAAGAGGAAGAGGAGGGAAAAGACGCCAUCAGAGACAAAGAGAAACACAGAGACAAAAGCAAGAUGGAAUUAUUAAAACCCGACUGCUCACUGGUGACGACACAGGACGCAGACAUUGCUUCUCCUCUGGAUGACGAGGACACGCCGGAGACUGGGAACAAAACCGAAACGGAGAAAUCUGGUGGGGAAGAGCAGCCGGUAACGGUCGCCGACAUUCCUCUGCAGGAGGAAACAGAGCCCAAGGAGGAGGAGGAGGAGGAGGACGAGGAGGAGGAAGAAGAGGAGGAGGAGGAGGAGGAUGUCCAGCUGCUGACAAAGUACGAGCCAUCAGAGCAACCUGAAGAAGAAACUACUCUUCCUCAACUUCAGUUUACUAAAGGUGAGGAAGAAGAGGAAGCCGAAGAAGAGAAGGAAGAUGAAGAGCAGCAAGAAAAGGAAGAAGAACGGGAGGUAGGAAGGCCGAUGAUGAGACAGGAAAACACGGAUCACCAGUACUCCAGCGGGGAUUACAACCUGCAGCCCAAAGAAUCAAAACAGGAGCAGUGCUCAAGGGAUGAGCAGGAGGAUGAGGAGGAGGAGGAAGAAGAGGAGGAGCAUGAUGAGGAGGAGGAAGAGGAGGGAGAAGAGAGAGGGGUUGACACCCCAUACAAUAUGAGUCCAACCACUCAGGGAUCUGAAACAGCUGUGUCACUCAGGGAAGAAAAGGUCAGCACUCUCAUAACCGAGGAAGAGGAGGAGGAGGAAGAAGAGCGAGAGGAAGAGGAGGACGACAGACAGGAGAAGGAAGAGUGUGAAGUGGUGGAAGAGGAAGAGGAGGAUCGAGACUCAAGCAAAGCGUCUCCUGGUACGGUGGUUAUAGAAGUCCGCUCCGAGGAGGAGGAUGAGGAUGAGGAGGAGGAAGAAGAGGAUGAGGAAGAGGAGGAGGAUGAGGAGGAGGAAGGAGAGGAGCAGGAUCGUGCCUCAGAGGGCUCAGGAAUCACGGAUGACUCGGAGAACUGGGACAUGACCCGGGGGAACCUGGGACUGCUGGAGCAGGCCAUCGCGCUGAAGGCGGAGGAGGUGCAGGGAGGCCAGGAGUCCCGGAGCUCCCCAGACUACCAGCCGUUCGGGUCCUCCAUGAAGAACUCCGAGGCGUCUGUGGCGCGCCGGCCUGCGCACUACAGCAAAGACAAGAAGGAAGUGAAGUGUCCGACCCCAGGCUGUGACGGGACUGGUCAUGUUACCGGGUUAUAUCCUCACCACCGCAGUCUGUCUGGAUGUCCUCAUAAAGACAGAAUCCCCCCAGAGAUCCUCGCCAUGCAUGAGAAUGUGUUGAAGUGUCCCACUCCAGGCUGCACAGGCCAGGGCCAUGUGAACAGUAACCGCAACACACACCGCAGUCUGUCGGGCUGCCCCAUAGCUGCAGCAACUAAACUGAACAAGACGCAGGACAAACAGGUUCAUUUACAGGCUUCAGCCACCGAAACUUCUUCCAACUCUGACAGAGUGCUGAGACCCAUGUGUUUUGUAAAGCAGCUGGAGAUCCCUCAGUAUGGCAGCUACCGGCCCAACACGGUGACCACCACACCUCGAGCUAACCUGGCCAAGGAGCUGGAGAAAUACUCCAAGGUGUCUUUUGACUAUGCAAGCUUUGACGUGCAGGUCUUUGGAAAGCGAAUGAUUAUUCCAAAGACACCCAGCAGCGCCGACACAUCACCCAAAGCAUUCAAGUCUAAAUCAUUUCCCAAGGCACCCUCCCCCAGUCACUGUGUAUCUGGAAGCUUUUCCAAGAGCCCUCUGUCCUCAAGUAGUUAUGACUAUAGCCAAGAUGCAGAGGCAGCCCACAUGGCGGCAACAGCCAUCCUCAAUCUGUCUACUCGCUGCUGGGAGAGACCAGAAACCCUCAGCACCAAACCCACGGAGCCCUGCGCCAAGGAGUCGGACAUCGAGGUGGAUGAGAACGGCACCUUGGACCUCAGCAUGAAGAAGACCAAGAGGGACGACAUGCAGUCUCCAGAGCCUUCAUCCUCCUCCUCCUCCUCCUCUCAACCCGUGGGAGCCACAUUAUCUCAGGGCCACACUCAACCAGACUGGGAGGAACCUCUUGAUUUCACCAAAUCAAGUGAAGUCAAAGAUGAAGACCAUGAAGAGGUGGAGUAUACCGCUCCGUCAUAUACCUCAUCUGAAGGUGAAGAAGAUGACCAAGAAAACCUGGAGGACAGGAAGUACCCUGGUGAAGUCACCACCACCAGCUUUAAGGUCAAGUUUCAGCCCAAAGACAGCAAAAAAGACAUCCUUGUAUGCCCGACCCCAGGCUGUGAUGGAAGUGGACACAUCACUGGCAAUUACGCUUCACAUCGAAGUCUGUCAGGCUGUCCUCUUGCUGAUAAAUCACUUCGGACCCUCAUGGCUGCCCAUACGGCUGAACUGAAGUGUCCGACUCCAGGCUGUGACGGAUCAGGCCACAUCACCGGGAACUACGCUUCACACAGAAGUUUGUCUGGAUGCCCGCGAGCAAAGAAAGGUGGAGUCAAAUUAACCCCUACCAAGGAUGACAAGGAGGACUCUGAGCUGCUGAAGUGUCCAGUUCCCGGCUGCGACAGCCUCGGCCACAUCAGUGGGAAGUACGCCACCCACCGCAGUGCCUACGGCUGUCCGCUGGCGGCACGCCGGCAGAGGGAGGGUCUUCUCAACGGCACGCCUUUCUCCUGGAAGGCCUUCAAGGCUGAGGGCCCGGCCUGCCCAACUCCAGGCUGUGACGGCUCUGGUCAUGCAAACGGCAGUUUCCUGACACACCGCAGUCUGUCAGGUUGUCCCAGAGCGUCCAUCAACAAGAAGAGAGCAAAGCUUCCUGGAGACGAGUACAUAACUGCAAAGUUCAGAGCUAGUGACGUUCUGGACAAUGACGAAGAUAUCAAACAGCUAAACAAGGAGAUCAAUGAGCUGAAUGAGUCCAACUCAGAGAUGGAGGCUGACAUGAUGAAUCUGCACACUCAGAUAUCCUCAAUGGAAAAGAACCUGAAGAGCAUGGAGGAGGAGAACAAACAGAUAGAGGAGAGGAAUGAUGCCUUGUUCCUGGAGUUAUCUGGUCUGAGUCAGGCUUUGAUCCACAGUCUGGCCAACAUCCGCCUGCCCACCAUGCAGGAACCAUUGUCCGAGCAGAACUUCGACAGCUACGUGGAGACCCUGACCCACAUGUUUACCAAUAAAGACUGCUACCAGAACCCAGAGAACCGGGCUCUGCUGGAGUCCAUCAACCAGGCGGUGAAGGGCAUUGAGGUGUGAGGGACCAGAGGGGUGAUGGGGGAGAUUGGAUGGGGGGGGCAACGACGACACAUCUCAGUGACUGCACCACUCUCUGUCCUUAAUCCCUUGGAAUACUCUACGUAAUUAACUCCUCUCAUUUUGUAUCUUUGUUAUUUGAGUUUGUUUCUGGUUUGCAUGUUGCUUUAUGACAGGAAAGUGUGUGUCUGCAAAUU